AUGGCACCCAUUGCAGUCGACGCCCCCGCCCAGCCCGCCACCGCCGGCAAGCCCGUCACCGACGACGACAUCACCGCCCUCAAGGCUCGUCUCCAGUCUACCGACCUAUCCAAAGAAAAGGCCGAUCUCGUCUUGCCUCCCGACAAUACUCUCAAGCGAUACCUUAAAGCCGGCAUCGACCUCUCCAACGGCUACCCUUACUUCCCUCCCAAGCCGGACUUUGUGCAGGACGUCUUUGAGGCGGACAGCAAGCUUGAGAAGGAGGGAUGGGUGUAUGAGGACCCGGGAUUAAGGGCGGAUAAGGAGAAGAAGGCGUUGUUUGGCGCCGCAAAGGAAGUGAGGGAUCUGACAAAGUGGAUUGGUACCGAGAUUGUGGGACUGCAGCUCAAGGAUUUGACCGACCAGCAGAAAGAUGAGCUCGCCCUCCUCGUUGCUGAGCGAAACGUCGUCUUCUUCCGCGACCAAGACCUCGCCCCUCAGACUCAACAGUCCCUCGGUCUCCACUUUGGGGACGGCCAGAUCGAGCGUCACCCCCAAGCAGCCCAAGUACCCGGUAUUGGCGGCGGUGUUUCUCUCAUCUGGGAAAAGGGCCGUAAAGACGGGCUUCAUGCGGGUAAGAGCCACCGUGUACCGUACCCUGGAGGAGGCUUUGGAUGGCAUACCGAUUUGGUCCACUUGCCUUUCCCUCCUGGAUACACGCACUUGCACCAAGACACCAUUCCCGCUGUCGGGGGCGAUACGCUUUGGGCUUCGGGAUACGCUGCCUACGAUAAGCUCUCGCCGAAGUUCAAGACUCUUAUCGAUGGUCUCAAUGGCAUCUACCGAUCAGCACACAAGUACAAAGACUCAGCCAACCCCGACGCCGACAGCAAAUAUGUCACCCGCGUUCACCCCCUUGUCCGAACCCAUCCUGUUACUGGGUGGAAAGCACUUUGGAUCAACAGAGGAAUGACCCUCGCCAUCGAAGGCCUCAACAAGCCCGAAUCCGACAUCCUGCUCAACUAUCUCCAUGGAGUGUUUGAGCGUAGCACCGAUAUUCAGGUCCGAUGGAACUGGACUCCCGGGACGAGCGCUAUCUGGGAUAAUAGGUCGACUAUCCACACGGUUUCGUACGACUAUGACGGCGAACGACAUGGUACCCGAGUCUCUUCCCUUGGCGAGAAACCUUUCUUUGACCCGGCUUCCAAGUCGAAGGCUGAGGCGCUUGGGCUGAGUGGGUGGGUUGAUGGGAAGGACUGGGGAGGUUACUAG